UAACACAAAGUAAAACAGAGUAAACGCUCCGUCUUCGCUGCGUGCGCCGCUGUCGUCUCCGUCCCCGGUGCGCGAGAAGCCCGGCGAGAGACGCGUGGCGGUUAACUUCUUUCGCUUUCCAAACCUCUCUUUCCCCCAUUUCAAGAUCAAGGUUUCGAUUUCCCAUUAGGAUCGGUUUUUCUUUGAUUCAGCUUUGGGUAACAUGCAACACUUACGAAAUUCUGUACUGAAGCAUGUGCAAUUGAGCUGCUCCACGCAACUACAUGGGCUUAACACAUGUCGAAAGUCACUCUUUGGGCCUAUCAGAUACAUGUCUCUGGCAUCAAACAAUUCUGGCUCUGAACAUCUCAUGGCUCGUGUAAUUCAGCUGGUUAAAAAGUUUGAUAAGAUAGAUUCUAGCAAGGUCACAGAGACAGCUGAUUUCCAAAAGGACUUAUGUUUGGACAGCUUGGAUAGGGUGGAGCUGGUUAUGGCUUUUGAGCAGGAGUUUUCCAUUGAUAUUCCUGAUGAGAAGGCAGAUAAACUUUCUUGUUGUGCUGAUGUGGUGAAAUACAUAUUAUCUGAAGCUCAGCCCAAUAAUGUAGGGAGCUCCUGAUUGGAUAGUUAGUCCUUUGAUACGGCAGAAAGAAUCUUUAGGGUUUCCUUGUGGCAAAUCAUUUUUAAUCUUUCCAUUUUCUGUUGUUUCUGUCUGAUUUCAUAAGAUUUUUGAAAUCAUUUGUCAUGGGCAUCAUGGUAUGAAUUACUAUAAUCGUUUGUAUUCUUCAAUUAGUACUUCAUGAUGUGAGAAGGCUUGUUGUUUACAUUUAGUUAGAUGGACUCUGUUACAAUAUAGAAAUGACAGACUGUUGAAAUUAGCACAUCAUUGAGUUGUUAUUGGGAAAUAACAUUUCUCGGGCACAUUUGCAAUGCAUUAUCAUUUGACUUGUAUUGCAUGUAGGACCUGAUUGUUCUA